AUUCUCGGUUUCAUGUGCUCGCAGCGAAAUCAUCCUGGUUCCCCUUGGCCCAUUGUCUAUCGAUCAGCUUCGUCACUCGCAAUUCUUUGAAAAUAGUUGUUUUGAUGCAGUUAGUACGAAAACCAAGCGUCGACUCCGCUGUUGUACUGGAAAAAUCGUAGUAGUUUUACUAGCUGGCGCAAGUCCAAGUUUGAAUUUGAUUUUUUUGCGAUAUAAUUACGCACGACCUUUUUCAUCUUCUCGGCUUCUAUUGCAAUAAAAUAGCAAAAAGAGCUGUAAGUAUGGCAGCGACCACCGCUUGUGGUCGCGCGAAAUUGCGGCGCGCUUCGCGACCGCUUUGCGACACCCCCCUAUUGUCUUUGGAACCGCGACGCGUCGCCCCGAUGAACAUGAUGUUGAAGACAAGGUCGACAUUGAAAUGGCUGACUCCCGCCUCAGGUCAUCACCAACGUCCAACUUCAUUCAGUUCAUCGUCAACAUCGUCUUCGUCCGCAGCUGCUCCGUUGCAGCGCUAUAUGUCCUCGUUUUCAAGCAAAAAGCGAGCCUCCCCGGCAUCUGCGGCUCUGCAAGAGGAAGAAGGAGGCCGCGGUGCCGCUCCAUCGGUGUUGGCAUCUUCCGCAGCAUCUUCAUCUUCAUCAGCGCAAACCAGUGCAGCGGCGCCAUCUGCCGCAUCCGCAACAAGUGCAAGAAAUGGCGGCUCGACGUCGUCGUCCUCAUCCUCUUCCUCCAAGUACGUGCGCUAUGGAGAUGAGGCCACUUUCUUGAAGAUGAUCCGCAAGCCUCCGGAAUUUUUCAGCCAGGUCAUUGAGGGUCUGAAGCACGACUUUGAGCAGAUCGGGGUCAUUGGCGAACAGACAUCCACAUCCUCCACGUACACAACAGCAGUGGGGACGACCUUAGACUUCGACGUCCAGCGGGAGAACAUUCAGCAACUCCUGGCGUCCAAGGAGCAGCGAGACAGCUACCGGCGAACGAUUUUUACGAACGUGGCCUUCAGUAAACCGGUAUCCGCGAACUUCGCGAAGUCGGCACUGGCACUGCCGACCAUGGGCAGCAGCAUUUACUCCCACAUGUUCGCGGGAAUCACCGAAUUUUCGCGCCAAAAAUUGGCGCUGGAGGUGGAGAAUCACGCCGACAAGCUGCACACCGUUCCCGCGUUCAAAGUGCCAACCUUCUACCGAGAGAAAUUCAACCUUGCCACCUACUACCGCACGCCCAUAUUGGUGGAGGAACUGGAUCGACUCGGGUUUACGCCAGACCAGCAGUACGAGGCUUUGGCGAAAGCUUUUUUCUUGCAGUACUGGUCGGGAGACUAUCCGGCGGACCCGCUUAUCUUCAAUCCGCUAGUUCGCGUCUUCUACCCACAAGGACACCACAUCAUCUCUGGAAGCAACGACCUAGGGUAAGUACUUACUUACUAUGGCGGUGCUCUUUCCACAGUUUUGAUUUUGAAUUGAACGCACUGUGUAGGAAGAAAUUUAAAUUCUUUAUUUUUCGUUUGUAUUUGUAGUAGUUACUAGUUAGUGUGCUGCUGUAUUAACUCACUCUGGCUCCUCCCGCAGCAUUCAUACAGUGCAGCUGGCGCAAAAAAGAAUAGUCAGUGGUCUUUUGCGCCCGCACUAUGCAGCGAGCGUCGUUUAUUCGAUUCUACUUUAUUCCUUUGAAAUCCCUCACUUCUAUUUGUACUUCCCAUUGCGAUCUCAGGCGCGAGACCGAAUUUCAAGCGGCUAAGCUGUACGCGCAGGGCAUCGAGGGUGAGGCGAACCCGGGGCUUACGAUCGUGAAUUUCGGUGACACGGGCGCCUUUACCGAUGGCGCGGUGCAUGCCUUCCAACACGCGAUCGAGGCUAAGGAGCGGGGCCUGAAGAUGCCCCUUGUGUUCCUGGUGACCGCUAACAACAGCUCGAUCUCGUCGCGGAUUGCCUUGGACGACCCGCACGCGGCGGUAAAGCGCAUUGAGGACCGCUUCACGAGUUUCGGGUUUGCGGGCCGCACCACGGAGGCGGAAGACGUGGCGGGCGGGCUCGCCGCCAUCCGGGCUUGUGUGGAAGACACGCUCGAAACCGGAAGGCCCAGUUACUGCAUUUCUUCCUUCCCCUUCCGCCCCCUCGGGCACGCAUCCGACGGCCACCCGGGGGCGGACCCCUUUCUCCUGUACCAGUUCGACACCUUCAAGCAGACCAUUUUCAACCAGGUGGUCGCCGCCGCGGACAAGGGUACCCCCGGCGCCAGCCUGGCCAACGAACUGGGACAGAUCACGGACGCGAUCGAGAAAGCCGUUUCCUCCGCUAUGAUCGGCGACAAGCAGUUGACGAACCAGCAGAUUUUUUCGCUUGCUUCCAGUGGGGGCGCCGGUGUGUCGCAGGACUACGACACGGACAUUGACAAGGGAGCUGUGUUCGACCUGCCGGCCAGUUACCUGCUGGGAAAAUCGUCCGGCGGAAAAGGGGCCAAAAACGCGGGGUUUGCGGGGCUCGGCAACGAAAUCUACGCCCGCGCGUUGGACCGGGUGAUGCAAAACUGCGAAGCGGAAAGCCGGACCGUCCGGUACGUGCACCAAGAAAACCACGCGCCCGGUACGGCGGACACGCGGGGCGGCGUUUACGGCGAGUUGAAUAAUGUUUCGGAAAAAUUUUUGAAGAAAAAUUUCCACGCCUUGCUACCCAACGAGGCACAGGUCGCCCAAGUUGGAGCGGGCCUGCGUGUGAGCUUACCCGAAAACAAUCUGGUUUUCGUCAAGGGGCCGCACACAAUUUUCAACGAGCACGCCCGAGAUCACUUGAAAUAUGGGGCCUUUCGCUUUUAUGACAGCGGGGAGCAGGCCAACUACAUUUACAUCAUGGAUGGGGGAAGUUUGGCGGUGCGCGAACGGGAGAAAGUGCCGGCAUCUCUUUCCAGCGAGGUGACCGAAAUGGUGGACCGCGACAUCAUUCUGGCGCGUGUGGGCGAGCACCACAACACGCCCGAGUAUUCUUCCUACACCGGGGACGCAAACACGACCUGCGCGCUGCCGCUCGACAUGAACUUGUUCGAAGCCAUGUUACCCGCCAUGGUCAACCUGCACGAUCAGGGACGGAUGGUGUUGUGCUUCGCGCCCACCGCCGCGUUCGGGGCGUUGCACUCCAAAUUGCCACUACAGAGUGUUGUUGACACCAGUACGCCCAUCGGAGAAUCCGAUCGCGGUUUAGGGGUCGAAGACGUCCUGCGCGUUUCGAUUGCCGAGAAUGUACACGAUGCACAAGAAGCUGCUUCGACAUCAGCCGCAAGUAAGGAGCUGGUCGUCGUUUCCUGGGGACCUGACGUGAAGUGGGUUGCGAAGAGUCUCAGCGACCAUGCAAAUGAGCUGCAGGCGCGUGCCACAUCGCUGUACGUUCUCAGCUACGCUGCGGCACCCGACGCCUUGGCGCGGGAACUGGCGGGCAAAGCCGAGAAGAACGCGAACCUCGAGGUGUUGCUGGUGGACCCGAACCCGAACUCCGGAAUUUUAGGUCCCGUGGCCGCGGCACUGAGGCGCAAGGUGCAGAAGCUCUCCCCAACGGCAUUGGACUCCAUGGUGUUUUCGGAAUGCACCCCGCUGCCGGCUUUUGUUCCCUACGGUUUGGGCACGGCACUCCUGAACGCCGAUCACCUGCAAGAAACGCUGACGCAACGGGGAUUCUUGGUGCAUGCGGGUGUUGGUACUUCUCAGGAACGAGCUCCGAGUAGAGCUAUGGGGUAUCCGUCUGCAGCGCCAACCACGUCGAGUACUAGUAGUAGUUCUGGUUCUACUUCUUCUUCGAGUUCUACCACAACUAGUACUUCAGCGGAACCAGAAGACGUUCUCGCCCCGAUUGCGGCGGAGAACGCAAUCAUUCGGUUUUUGAAGCAAGUUGGCGACACGGUGCAGGCAGACGAAGCCAUUGCGGAACUGGAGACCGACAAGGCCAGCAUUGAGAUCGUCUCGCAAGUGGCGGGAACGAUCGCCGAAUUCCACGUCAAAGAGAUGGAAGAAAUCGACGUGACUGAAAUCACUAGGGUUUGCACGAUUCUGCCCUUAGACGAGGUCGACAACGCCGAAGCCGCAAAGCCUGCGGCACUACAGCCGAACUUGGACCAGUUUCGCAGUGUGAGCUCACAGCUGCAUGCUAUCCCGCCCGCAGCAGCAUUGGGAAACAACAAGAACGCCAGUGGGGACACGUCGACGAACGGAAAAGAAGUAGCGUUAUCAACGAUGCAAAAGAGCAUGGUGCGAAACAUGACGGUACAGCCCACGGACUCACUCACCUUCGGCAUGUCGGAAACAGUGGACUUCGUCCGGUUUUUGGACAAGGCGAAGCAGGAAGCAAAGGUCUCGCCGACUACACUGCUGGCCAAGCUCUUCGGAGACGCUAUUGCUGCCACACAGUUGAAUCGCAAACUGAACACGGAGCGGACGGCUUUUCUGGACUUCUCGCAAACCAAUAGCGUGGACCUAGGUAUAUAGCUUUUCAUUUUCCCGGUUGUUGUAGUCCACGACACUGAAUUUUUUCAACACGAAAAAAGUGACCCAAAGAUAGGAAAAACGCACUCACCUACAUUCUUGUGACAGUAGAAAGAGUUCUUUGAGUUGUAGAAAUACUAGAAAACCAAAAACAUUCAUACGGUCGAAAGCAAGAAGACGUGUGAAUAACAAUAACUCCAGGUCUCGCGAUCACAGUCGACAACCAACUGCGCGUAGCGGUUCUCCGGGACGUAAAUCAAAAAUCAGUAGCAGAGAUAGCUGCGGACAUUGCUGCCUUGAAGGAGCGCGGGUCGAAAUUGACACCCCAGGACCAAGACCUCUCCAAUGUUUGCUACGUCCUGACCACUCUCGGCAAGGAUGCGCCGGUGGAAGUAAAUCCAACUUUGCCGAGGGGCAUGACGGCCAUUCUGGGAGUCGGGCGCACAGACGCUGAAAAAAGAGCCAAGUUUACCAUGAACGUCUGCCAUGCGACGCUGAACGGAGCAGAGGGCGCUACUGUCCUGAUGGAACUCGUCCAAAAAGUCGCGGCCUACUGA